UUGGAAAAUGCGGUAAUAAAUUUAAAGGACAAUGUUCGCGUGUUAGGUUUUAGGGUUUUAGGUUUUCCGCUUCGUUUACGUUACGUAUGGCAGCAGCGACGUCAACGCCUUUUGGCGGCGGCGACACUGGCGGCGGCGGUCUGGCGGCAGGGGAGAUGGAGGUGGAAGCUUACCGCCGCCUCUUCCCCCUUGCUUUCUACGAGCGCCACCUCCGCGAUUCCGUCCGCCCCGACGCCCGUCCCCUCCAUCGCGCCCGGGAUACUUCCAUCGCCCUUGGCCCUGUUGCUUUUUCCGAUGGUUCCGCCUUGGUUAAGAUUGGCGAUACGACAAUGCUGGCAGCUAUCAAACUUGAAGUUAUGACCCCAGCUACCGACGCGCCUGAUGAAGGCUCCUUAGCUAUUGAGUUCUACAUGCCUCCAAUAUGUUCACCGACUGUUAGGCCUGGGAGGCCUGCUGAGGUAGCACCUGUUAUUUCAAAACAGUUAUCAGAUACUAUAAUUAGUUCUCAGAUGAUAAACUUAAAAGAACUAUCUUUGGUUAGUGGCAAAGCUUCAUGGAUGGCCUAUCUGGACAUUUAUUGUCUCAAUGCUGAUGGUGCUCUAUUUGAUGCUGCAUUACUCUCAGCAAUUGCUGCAUUUUCUCACUUGCAAAUCCCUCUUGUUUCUCUCAAUGAUGAUGGCAAAGUAAUUACUGUUUCUGAGGAGCUACUUGAAGGAAAACCAUCGGUUGAGUUAGUUAAUAAAGAAAAGAGAAAGCUUUCGCUUCAAAGGAUCCCGUUUUCUUUGACAUGCUUGCUUCAUGGAAAGUACAUCUUGGCAGACCCAACUGCAGAGGAAGAGUCCGUUAUGGAAACUUUUGUAACUGUAGUACUUGAUUCAUUAGGGCAACUGGUGUCAAUCUAUAAACCUGGUGGGGCAGUCCUCGCUCACAGAUCCACUGUUAAGGAGUGCAUCCGUCUCACAAAGCAAAGAAUUGACGAGCUGAAGAAUAUAUUAGCUGAAUCAGCAUCCGCAAUGGAAGUGGCCUAGUUCCUCUUCCAUGGGACGUCAUUCAGGUUAAAAUUAAACAAUGUUAAAUUACACACUGAAAUCAUCGGGAAGAGGGGCGACCGGAAAGGGGACACCGGGACAGAUGACGAAGGCAUAUUGGAAAUAUGAAAUAAUACAUCACUUGAAGUGUAUUUUUGUUAAAUAAUUGAAAGGUGCCUCUUUAAAAAUUGGUAAAAUUAAGACAAAUAAAAAAACAAAUUUCUUUGGAA